CAGCGGGCGAGCGGCGAAGAAGGGGCGGGGCCUUCGCGCAAGAUGCAGUGCACAGCGCAACUGCGCUGCGGGAGCCAGAGAGGAGCCUGAGACCUGGUCCAAGCUGAGUUGAAAAUUGGCCUGAUCCAGAGGUUUGUGGGCGGAAAAGGUGUUCCUCUCCCACCAGCAAGCUCCACCAUGAUUCACAGUCUUUUCUUGAUCAACUCCUCCGGAGACAUUUUCCUGGAGAAACACUGGAAAAGUGUGGUCAGUCGCUCUGUUUGUGAUUACUUUUUUGAGGCCCAGGAGAGGGCCACAGAAGCCGAAAACGUACCUCCCGUUAUCCCCACGCCGCACCACUACCUCUUGAGUGUCUACCGACACAAGAUCUUUUUUGUGGCCGUGAUUCAGACAGAGGUCCCGCCUCUGUUUGUCAUUGAAUUCCUUCACCGAGUGGUGGACACGUUUCAGGACUAUUUUGGAGUCUGUUCAGAGCCAGUAAUCAAAGACAAUGUGGUUGUGGUCUACGAGGUAUUGGAAGAGAUGCUGGACAAUGGCUUCCCCUUGGCUACUGAGUCCAACAUCCUCAAAGAACUGAUAAAGCCCCCCACCAUUCUCCGGACGGUGGUCAACACCAUCACAGGAAGCACCAAUGUGGGGGACCAGCUUCCGACGGGGCAGCUUUCGGUGGUGCCUUGGCGACGGACGGGGGUGAAGUAUACCAACAACGAGGCCUACUUCGAUGUGGUUGAGGAGAUAGAUGCCAUCAUCGACAAGUCAGGUUCCACGGUCACUGCUGAGAUCCAGGGAGUGAUUGACGCCUGCGUUAAGCUGACCGGGAUGCCAGACCUCACUCUGUCCUUCAUGAACCCCAGGUUGCUGGACGAUGUUAGCUUCCAUCCCUGUGUCCGGUUCAAGCGCUGGGAAUCUGAGCGCAUCCUCUCCUUCAUUCCUCCUGACGGCAACUUCCGCCUGCUCUCCUACCACGUCAGUGCGCAGAACCUAGUUGCGAUUCCAGUCUAUGUCAAACAUAGCAUCAGCUUCCGGGACAGCAGUUCACUUGGACGCUUUGAAAUCACAGUGGGACCCAAGCAGAGCAUGGGAAAGACAAUAGAAGGUGUGACUGUCACUAGCCAGAUGCCCAAAGGAGUCCUGAACAUGAGCCUCACUCCAUCCCAGGGGACACACACGUUUGACCCCGUGACAAAGAUGCUGUCUUGGGAUGUAGGCAAAAUAAACCCACAAAAGCUGCCAAGUUUGAAGGGGACAAUGAGUCUUCAGGUUGGAGCUUCUAAACCAGAUGAGAACCCCACAAUUAACCUGCAGUUUAAGAUCCAGCAGCUGGCUAUUUCUGGACUCAAAGUGAACCGUCUGGAUAUGUACGGAGAGAAGUACAAGCCGUUUAAGGGCAUAAAAUACAUGACCAAAGCCGGCAAGUUCCAAGUUCGAACCUGAAGGGCAUGUGUUCCUUGGAGGAGCAAUUACGGACAUGUUUUCAUUUCUUACUUGUCUAAAAGUAAAAUGUCAGCCUGUUUCUUAGGUCAGUUCCCUCCAGGCUCCAUCUGCUCCCUUUUGUCUUCAGUCUUCAGUGCCGUGUAACUGAUCAAGGGAGAAAGGCUCAUCAGGGAACGCACGGCCAAACCCAGCACAGCCCUGACUGAGCUCUAGAGAAGCGUAUACUGGAGAGCCGUGCUACGUGCUGUUGUCUGUCACUACUUUUCCAUGGCUGCCACGGGGUGGGGGGGAUAGACCAGCACUUGCCGUUUGUUUGGUUGUAAUUACCUAAAUCCAGUGGAAAAUGUCUCUAUUGAAUUUUUUUUUUAAGAUAGAUUUGAAAGGCAAAAAACAAUUGGAAAAAAUGAGUGUCAGUCGAAGAGAGACCAGUGCAGAUUUGAUCCAUGGGUCUGGGUUGUGGCUCAGUGGUGGAGCAUUGGCCUGGGUUGUGUGCAAGCCCUGGUUCGUUCCUAGCAUGGCUGGCGGGAUGAAACAGAUCUGCUGUAUGAGGGACAAGACAGAGAAGCUAAUACAAAGAGAGUUGUAACAAGAGAUGCUACAGAAGGACUGGCCAAAAAAGUGGUCAGAGUUUCCCCAGGGGCUACGAGGAGCAGGGUGGAAUAGCUUCCCUCUGACCCUUCUCAUGUAUAGGAAGGACUUGCAUGUCCAGGACUUCCAAAGUUCAAGUCCACACCUGACACGAAACAGCAGUGGGGUCAGUUUCCCUUGGAGACUGGAGUGCCGUGGCCUGACUUUUAGGUUCUCGCUUGGGCUUGCCCCUUGUGCUGGCCCAUCGUCUUGGUGGGGAGGUUGCCAGAGCAGCUAACGGUCCCUUGCUGGGUAUCUGACCCCUCGGUGGGAG